GUCACUGAUAAAAGGAGGUAAUAGGAAAAGGAUAAAAAUGGCGAGCUUGUGUCUCCCACUCUUCUUCCAAUACACAACAUUCAUGAUUUCCGAAUGAAGAUUGCAUCUCACUCCGACAUCACUGAAGCAGUCCAGCCUCUCCUGUCGCCGGAAUGCGAGCACUCGGCGGAGGAUCGGGGUGCGCCGAAUGGGUCAAUCAGCGGAGCGGUGUUCAACAUAUCGACGACCAUGAUCGGUGCCGGAAUCAUGUCGGUUCCGGCGACGAUGAAGGUGCUGGGCAUAGUUCCGGGGUUCCUGGUGAUCCUGUUGGUGGCACUUGUAACAGAUGUGACCGUGGAAUUUAUGCUGAGGUACACGAGUUCCGGAAAAUCCACUACUUACGCGGGCAUGAUGGGGGAAUCGUUUGGGUCCGUUGGAUCCCUCGCCGUUAAGAUUUGCGUUCUCAUAACCAAUUUCGGAAUCCUCAUUAUAUAUCUCAUUAUUCUAGGAGACGUGCUGUGUGGAAAUGAGUCCAACGGAACUACACACUUGGGUGUUCUACAAGAAUGGUUUGGCAUCCAUUGGUGGACCUCUCGUGCUUUUACUCUUCUUAUUGUUGCUCUCUUCAUAAUGCUUCCACUCGUUAUGUUACGUCGUGUUGAUUCACUGAGGUAUACUUCUGCAAUAUCAAUCCUACUAGCAUUGGUCUUUCUUGCAAUAUGCUCAUCAAUGGCGUUUAGUGCAUUGUUGUCCGGCAAAACUCAAUCACUAAGGAUGGUGCCUGAUUUCUCUCUAGUCACUGUCCUUGAUCUUUUCACCACUAUCCCUGUCUUUGUCACUGGUUUCGGAUUCCAUGUCAAUGUUCAUCCAAUUAGAGCAGAGAUUGGAAAAGUUACAGACAUGGGUAAGGCUGUGAAGAUUUCAUUAGUAAUAUGCGUGGUUGUUUACUUUGCCAUUGGCUUCUUUGCGUACCUAUUAUUUGGGGACUCCAUCAUGCCCGAUGUGUUAGUAAACUUUGAUCAAAACUCCAAUACCCAUGUUGGUCGAUUGCUGAACGAUAUUGUUAGAAUAAGCUAUGCACUCCAUCUUGCCCUUGUCUUCCCCAUCAUGAACUAUUCCUUGAGGAUCAACAUAGAUGAACUUAUUUUCUCAAACAAAAAUAAACCUCCCUUGGCUUCAGACACCCCAAGAUUUGUGUCACUCACUUUGUCUUUGCUAGUCCUCACAUACUUGGUGGCUGUUGCCAUCCCAAACAUUUGGUAUUUCUUCCAGUUCUUGGGAUCCACAACCGUUGUUUGCACCUCAUUCAUCUUUCCUGCUGCAAUAGUUCUAAGGGACAUGCAUGGCAUAUCAAAGACAAAAGAUCGAGUCAUUGCAAUUUCGGUCAUUGUUUUUGCUGUUGGGACAAGCGGAAUUGCUAUAUGGACCAACUUGAAUCCAGGGGAUGGUUAAUGAUUAAAAUUAGCCAUGUUAUUAAGAGGUUGAUUGGUUUGAUGAAUCCAAUAUACUGAAUCAAUUAAAAUUCAAAAUCUUUGUUUAGUUAGGUUAUCUAAAUUAAACUAGUAAAGUUGAUGGAUGAUGGAUUUUCUAAAAAAUCCAUUAAAUCCAGGUUGAACAAAUGAUA